CUUCGCAUUACGCACCUGUGGAAAAAAUACAUCAGCCUUGUGCCAAACGCCAUGCCCUAAUACAACACCUCAAACCACGCAUCACCGUAUAUACAGAGAGGCCAAAACCGAAAGAGAGAGAGAGAGAGAGAGAGAGAGAGAGAGAGAGGGAGGGAGGGAGGCGAUGGACGGGAUGAGCAACAUGGAGCAAAAGAGCUACACCCACAUGACAUUCUUCUGGGGUAGAAACUCCGAGAUCCUCUUCGCCGGGUGGCCCGGCACGCGGACUGGCAUGUACGUGCUGGCCUUGGUCUUCGUCUUCACGCUCGCGCUCCUUGUUGAAUGGAUCUCUCACUGCAGGCUCAUCGGAGAAGGCUUGAAGUCUAACCGCGUCGUUGCCGGUGUCCUGCGGACCAUCAUGCAUGCCAUGCGCGUCGGGCUUGCUUAUCUGCUGAUGCUGGCCGUGAUGUCCUUCAACGUAGGCGUGCUCAUCGUCGCCAUUCUCGGGCACGGCGUGGGCUUCUUCUUCUUCGGAAGUAGGGCUUUUCAGAAGACGCCGCCUCCGGGAAAAGCAUCCACCGAUCUUCCCGCGACGAACUGUUGAAUUAACUUUGAUGUCGGAACAAGUAGUCUCAUGAAGUUUAAGUGCAUAUCUCUGAUCUGGUAUUAGACGGUUAUGACGACUCUACCAAAACUAAGUGCAACGAGUGAAGACACAGCACCGUGUGUGUAUGGACCACCAUCCAUUGAUGCUCUGCGUCAAAACUAAAUGACGUGGCAUCUUUUCGAUCACGGCCCGGCUGCCCCCGGGCCCAAUCCCAGCCCGAGGGCAGUUUCAGAUCGGCCUGAAUAAGCACACAAAGUUAUGACGCCCGGCACGACCAUGUCGGACCCGAGCCGGAACCUGCCCGGCAAUAUUUUAGACCCACCCCCUGCCGCCUGCUGGCCAGCCCAUCGGUUUAUCUCUAAUAUGUGCCCUUAUCAUAUUUACCCUCUGUUUAUAAGCACAGAAAAUGUUCGUGAAAUUUCCAAAUUCGGAAUUGGCCGGGGAUUUUGUAUCCUCUUUUCUUGUUCCUAUUCGACAGAAAAGAGAAGGAAAUUUGGGGAAAAUGUUUUUUUGUAUUCUACCGUAUGCUGUUACAUUGUACAUUUAUAAUGUAAGA